AUGGUUGCCGACGCUCUUGUCUACCAUCCUGCGCUGGCGCACUGGCUGCGCUUUGUUGCGACCACCGACUACGAGACUAACAAACUCUCCUCUCCAACACCGAUAGUGGGUCGUGACAAGCUCCUUCGCACAAUUCAAUACUUUUCUCGCUUCUAUGCUUGGUACCUCUACCGAACCAACAGGCCCCAAUCCGCCAUCGACCCCUACAAUGCCGUCAAGAAGCAAUUCGGCACCACCCGGAAGAUCCUCCGUAUCGGCAAAUGGGCCGAGCACCUCAAGGCUGCCUCCAUCGCUCUUGACAACAAGAGUCCCGUCGACCCGGUCCUGCGUUAUCUCGCGGUGGGUCGUCAACUCGGAUAUGCCGGGUACCUGUCCCUGGACAUGGUGACGGUGGUCGACGCCAUCGGAUACCGCAAGCUGGCGAGCGCCAAGCGCCUGCAGGAGAGUGCGUACCGGGCCUGGGCGACCGGGUUGAUCUGUAGCACUCUGGCGGGCGUGUAUACCUUGUUCCGUCUGCAGGAGCGGGAGAAGACGAUUGAUCGCAAGGAAGGCGAAGGGGUGGUCGAAGCCAAGAAGAUUGAAAAGGAGCGCGCUGCUGCUCGGAUACAGCUCAUCUCCGACCUGUGCGAUCUGACCGUGCCCGCCUCGGCACUGGGCUUUGCGCAGCUGGAUGACGGUCUGGUCGGUCUCGCCGGUACGGUCAGCUCGUUGAUCGGAGUCUGGUCGCAAUGGCGCAAGACCGCAUGA